AUGAUGCACCCAUGGGGCGACGAGGAAGACGAGCCGAUCACCUUCCCGGGACUCAUGAUGGCAGACAGCCAGAUCAGCGCGCUGGACAUAUCGCAAGGCAUGGGCGGCAAGGACGACAAUGACACAACGCACAUCUACGAGGACGGCCUGGUCACCUCUAAACCGUCAUCGACGAAAAUAACAGCAAAGCCGUGCAGACGUCCCCGAGCCACAGAAUCCCCCAUGCAGCAGCAGCAGCAGCAGCAGCAGCGGCAGCACACCAACACAGGCUACUCCUCCGGCUUGACCUUCAACAAUUCCUUCCACACCGCGCUCCGCAACACAAACAUAAACCCAUCCCCAAGCCCACAGCCUCCCAAGACCAGCAACUACAACCGUAAAAGCCCACCGUCAGAAGACCCCCCUUCCCUCUCUUCCUCCUGGUCCUCUACCACCACGACCCUCGCCUCCGCGCCCCGCCACCCCAACGAGAACCAGCAGGACCUAGCCGUGCGCAUCAACGCCCUCAGCGCCGCCAUCUCCACCGGCACGGGUACCUGCCUCGAAGUCUCCGCCAGGAUGCUCGCCCUGGCGCGCGACAACCGCCACCACGCCUAUGCCGCCGGCAACACGCUGGACGCGUACGUGCUGCGGCCGGCGCUAGCGGCGCUCGGCGGCGGGAUCACCACGGCGCUGCGCACGUACUGCCCCGGCGUCCUGGGGGUCGUCGGGGUCGGGGGCGGAGAUGGAGGUAAAGAAGGGGGUGGUGGCGGCGUGCUUCGAGUGCGCGUGUCGGGAGAGGGGACGGCGGAGAGGCAGAGGCUGAAGGACCGCCUCGUCGAGCAGGAUGCCCUGCUGAGCGACUCGAACCAGCACUUGCGCCGCCUGAUAUCGGAACGAAACGCCCUACGAAAACAACUCGAGGCGGUAGAAACGGCCCGGGAAAAAGGCGAAAAGGGGGGAAAGGACACGGCGACGAGUAAAAAGAAAGGGGAGGGCCGGAUCUCGGAGAAGAAGAAAGACACCGCAACGUUGCCAAGCUCAGCAGAGGAAGUACCGAGCACGGAGGCGAGAAGGCUAAGCUCGGCAGCGACAACGAUCGCACGCCCCCGCCCCCAAGACAACAACGACGAAGGCGAAGAGAACGGGAACGAAGAUGCAGACGCUCGAAACCGGGAGAAGCAGCUGACAGAGCAGCUGACAGAGCAGCUGAGGGAGCUGCGCGUGCUGGUCGACCAGAUGGCGCUGUACGAUUCAUCGAGCCACAACCGGCUCAGCAUGCCCUUUGUGCACCGCGAGGCCCAGCCGACGACGGAGAUGGAGGACCUACAAGACUAUAUAAUCUUGUAA